AUGGUUAAUAUCAUUGAAGGUCUUCCAGAAUCGCCAAUGGAUGGUACGAUUCACGCAACAAUAUACACUAUGUGCACUGAGAGAGAUCCAUUCGACUAUUCGAAAGACCUUUACGAGAGAUACCAAGGCGUUUAUAACGAUUACUUGAGUUGUAGAGUUUUACCAGCUAUCCAACAGAAGCAGGAUGAUGUAUCUAUGUUGCAAGAAUUUGCUAAGAGGUGGGCUAAUCACAAGGUUAUGGUGAGUAAACUCUGUCGAUUUUUUGAUUAUCUCGAACGUUAUUACAUUCCGAGGAGGCAACUUCCUUCAUUGAAAGAUAUUGGUUUUAGUUGCUUUCGUGAAAUUGUGUAUGAGAAGAUGAAAGUGAGAGUUAGAGAUGCUGUUAUUGUGAUGAUUAAUCGAGAACGAGAAGGGAAUGAAAUUGAUAGGGCUUUGGUCAAGAGUGUCCUAGAGGUGUUUGUUGAAAUUGGGAAUGAGAAUGGUAAAGAUAAUUUGGAUUAUCAUGUUAAUGAUUUCAAAACUGCGUUUUUAAGUGACUCGGCGAGUAGUAUGCUUGGGAAGCUUCUAAUGGGAUUAAGGCUGUAG